AUGAAUAUUGAUAAGAUUUUCAAAUUAGCAAAAGGUUUCUAUGGUAGAUCAAAGAAUUGUAAAUCAUUGGCUCGUGAACGUGUAGAAAAAGGUCUUGAAUACAACUAUGUAUCUCGUCGUCUCUUUAAACGUGACAUGAGAUCAAACUUUAUUCAACGUAUCAAUGCUGGUGCUCGUCAACAUGAUCUAACAUAUAAUAGUUUUACUAGAGGAAUGGUUGCUUCUGAUAUUCAUUUAAAUAGAAAAGUAAAAGAUAGUAAAAAAAGAAAAGAGAAAAGAAUGAUUAGAUUAGAAUACUUACUUUUAUCUAUACUUUCAGAAUUGGCAGUUACAGAACCAUUUAGUUUUAAAGCUUUAACUGAUGUUGCAAAGACUACAUUAACUCAAUUAGAUGGAACUUCUUAUUUACCAAAACAACAUAAAAGAAUGGAUACAGUUAAAAUAGUAGAAGAAUCAGAUAAUAAUAAUAAUUUAACAUCAGAGAUUGAAUUAUUUUUAGAAGAGAUUUUAGUAUCAAAAUUACCUCAAGAUGCAAAAGAUCGAUUUUUAGAAAAGUUAUAUCGUGGAUAUUAUUAUAGAGGAUUGGAAUUUCUAAAAAAUGAAUAUUAUAAUCUACUAGAGGAAUAUGAAUUUGAAAAGAAAAUUCAAAUUGCUUUAAUCAAGAUGAAGGAUUUCGAUCAAUCUUUAAAUAAUCAAAUCAAAAAUACAAACAAGUUUCAAUUGGAAAUUGAUCAAUUAAAAUUAAAAUUAUUAAAUUUAAAUGAUUUUGAAUUGUCUAAAAUUAAUCAAAAAUUUGAAAAUGCUGUAAAAGAAUUAAAAAAUAAAGAUUAA